AUGGAGAGUACCGUGGAAUCCUAUUCCUACCCCGGUUCCCCUCGCUCCUCCUCGUCGCCACCGCAGGCCGGAGGCGAAAGCGGCAGGAAGAGGAGGGCGGUGGCGAAGGGCAUGCAGAAGACCUUCUCCAAGACCUCGAUGCUGGUCAAUUUCCUCCCCACCGGCACCCUCCUCACCUUCGAGCUCCUCCUCCCCUCGGCCUCCGGCGACGGAUCGUGCUCCCUGGUGAGCACGCGCAUGAUCCAACUCCUUCUCGGCCUCUGCGCGCUCUCAUGCUUCUUCUUCCACUUCACCGACAGCUUCCGCGGCCCCGACGGGAAAGUCUACUACGGCUUCGUCACGCCGCGCGGCCUCGCCGUGUUCAAGUCCGGCCUCGGGGUGGAGGUGCCCAAGGAGGAACGGUACCGGAUGGGGUUCGUCGACCUGGUGCACGCGCUGAUGGCGGUGAUGGUGUUCGCGUCCAUCGCGCUGUCGGACCACCGAGUCACCAACUGCCUCCUCCCGCAGCAAGCUAAGGAGAUGGACGAGGUCAUGGAGACCUUCCCGUUGAUGGUCGGCGUAGUCUGCAGCACCCUCUUCCUCGUCUUCCCCAACACGCGCUACGGCAUCGGGUGCAUGACCACUUGACUGAAGCAUUUCCUCGAACACCUACCGAACAGCAAAAUA